AUGAUGAAUAUAUUUGGAUCCGUUGUUACGGUUAUUUUCCUAUCUUUUAAUUUUGUAAAACUAGAAGUAUCGCAAAAUUUUGCAAAAUGUAUUGAUGAGUUUUUCUACCAGAAGACUGCACCAAUGUUGAAAGGACUAGUCGGUUCAACUCAAAUCUGUCAACGACUCCAAAACCGAUAUUAUUACGCUACUGAAUAUGACACAACUAAGAGAAUUCCGCACUAUAGCGCAUACACAUUGUCGUUUGACAAGUGCGGCAGCCGUUUUAAGAAAUGGUUUAUUGAGCCUCAACUAGCCGACAAAAACAAUUCAAAUAUGCUAGAAAUCAACAAAGCAAACAACAAUGUAACAACGUUCGGGAGUAAACAAGCAGUAAAUAUCGAUUACACGGGUAGCGGUUAUGAAAGGGGACAUUUAAAUCCACAGCUUUACCAUUGCGAAACGGAGGGCAGUAGAAAAGCGACAAAUACUUUAACCAAUAUCGCACCUCAAGUCUCUUCAUUUAAUCAAGGUAUAUGGAAUGUUUUUGAAACCACUCUGUAUGACAUCACAAAAAGGGAUUGCAAUUUUGUAGGAGCAAGACGUUAUUUUAUCACUGGCGUUCUACCAAGCAAUAGUAGGUUCAUUAGUAAUGGAAGAGUGAAUGUACCUGAUCACUACUGGACAACCGUUUGCUGUGAUUCCUCACGUGCGAAGGGCGUCCUCUUUACAGAAGGAUGGUCGGCAGGAUUUAUAGGUGAAAACAAAGCUGAUCCCUCAAUUUCUAUCUAUACAAUACAGAAGUUUUUACCAAGUUUUUCAAUUAAACUCUUUGCAGAUUACACGGAUGUAAAUGGAAACACAGUAGAAAAUUGUCUGUUCAACAGUACUAAAGCGGACAAUAUUAUAAACGAGAUUGCAAGUACCGACACUCGCUUCAUUAUAAAGUAGACUUCUUUGUUUAGGUAGCAACACACAUCUCGUAAAAAAAAACCUUAAAAUUGCCACUUAUAAUUUUUAAUCACCCUCUUUUCCUUGCUUUCUAACAAAUAAUGCUUAAUGUGUUAUGUAUAUGGAAAAAAACACCUGCCAUAUAAUUGAUUUCCAAUAAUUAAAAUGGUGUAACAUGGCAUCAAUCUGAAUGUAUUUGAUACAAAAUAAGUGUUUUUAAAAAUGUCCCGAA